AUGAACGUGGAGCAGGCAGCGAAGAUCUUCUUUGAGCUGGAAGAAGAUGAGCGAGACUCGGGGUCAGAGUCUGAGGCAGAGAGUGAGGACUCUGAUUAUGAAGUAGAUGAUCCUCCUUUUGUUUUGGAAGGGAAAGAGAGGAGAAGCGACGAAGAGGAAGAGGAGCCUCCAACAUGCGCAGAGCGUGCUACUCGGAGGUCUGCACAAAGGCAGGGACGCCGUGGCACGCCGACCAGGUCGAGAUCUCCACUGACUCGGGCAGCAGAGCCAUGCCUCAGCUCUGAGCCCUGGAUGACAGAGAAGGUUGCUGACACUGCCCCAGCAGUAAGCAGUUUCCAGCCCCGGAGAACACCGGGAGUUCAGGUAGAGACACUUUCCCGUCAUAGUCCCAAAGACCUCUUUCUAUUGUUUUUUGCCACUGACACAGUCAGGACAAUCUGCAGCAACACCAACAAAAAUGCUGCAAAAAGCAAGGACUUGGGGAAGAAACACAAAUGGACUGAGGUGGAGGUGGAAGAGCUGUAUAAGUUUUUUGGUCUCUUGAUUUACAUGUCGUUGGUGUCUGUGCCAAGUGUCCAAGACUACUGGAGACAGAAUCACAUGUUGUCUGUGUUCCUUCCUCCCAAAGUGAUGUCAAGAGACAGGUUCAGAUCCAUAUUUUGGAACAUCCAGUUCAGUGAUCCUGAGGAGGAUGUACAAAAUGAAAGGAAGAAGGGAACACCAGGCCAUGACAAACUGUUUGCAGUCAGGCCUCUUUAUGACGACAUCCUCCGUGCGUGCCAGACUUAUUACCAACCAAGGAGGGAGCUGGCAGUGGAUGAAAGGAUGGUGGAGACUAAGGCAAAAACUGGCAUGGCACAGUGUAUGGAAGGCAAGCCAACUAAAUGGGGGAUAAAAAUGUUUAUAUUGGUUGAGUCGAGCAGUGGCUACACCAUCAGGUUCAGCAUAUACACAGGCAAGGGUGUAACACUGAGUGAGCAUGGGCUGUCUUAUGAUGUGGUCAUGAACCUUAUUCAGCCAUCCUGUCUUGGUACUGGGUACCAUAUUUACAUGGACAGUUUUUUCACCAGUCCCAAACUGUUCAUGGACCUGGCCAGCAUGAAGUUUGGAGCAUGUGGGACCUACAUAGAGAGCAGAAAAGGAUGCCCCACAGGGAGGCCAAAUGCUCUCACCAAAAACUGUGAAAGCGGCUCUGUGAGAUGGAUCAGAGAGGGCCCACUUGUUUUUGUGAAGUGGAUGGACACACAGGAGGUGGCUGUGUGCUCCACCAUCCAUCCUGCAUUCUCAGGCGAGACGGUGCUGAGACGGGUGAAGGAUGGAGAUGGACGCUGGACUGUGAGAGACAUUCUCUGCCCCACACCGGUCAUGGCCUUCAACAAAAAUAUUGGUGAGGUUGGCCUGUCUGAUGAGUUUGCUCAGUACUACUCCACCCAUAGAAAAACUGCUUGCUGGUACAGGACCAUGUUGCUGCACUUUCUGGACAUUGCAACAACAAAUGCGUUCAUCUUACACCGCGAGAUGAGCAGCGCCAAGGAGGUGCAGCCCAUGGCACACAAAGACUUCAUGAUGGAGCUGGUGUGCCAGCUUUGUGGCGUGGAUAAGGCAAAUGUUUCCCAGAGCAGGAGCGCCGAUCACAUGCCCGUGCCCAUCGUCACAGUCACAGACACCAGGAAAAAAGCCAGCAAAGGCAGACUGAAAUGUCAACGCUGUCUGCAGGUGUACGACAGGAGGAGGGACACACCCUGGAAGUGUCAGGCCUGUAAUGUGGCCCUCUGUCUUGUGGUGGACAGGAACUGCUUUUUGGACUGGCACACAAAUAAUGUGUGUGACUUCUUAUUGUGA